UUUUUGCAACAGAUGGAAUAGAUAUGCUGCCUACGUAAAAAGUGAAGUUUAUACAACAAAAAAAGAAACUACAUAUUGAGCCUCCUAAUAUGAGCAAGUGUUUUUCAUCGUUGUAGUGGCAAUUUACGGAAUCGGCUGAGAAUGGAAAUGAUGUUUCCGAUUUCGCGUUUACUGCGGUGUAAAUAAAUUAAGCAAAAAGUGAAAAUUACGAAGCGACCGAUAACCGAAUUGGUACAUACAUAUGCACAUAUGUACAUUAACAGUGCUAUACCUUAACAAUAACUCCUGAAGGAUUUUGACAACGGCGCAAGGUCUACAGGAUACAGCAGCUGAUAACAACCAAGGGUUGCGUUGGCAAAGAUGCAUUCCUCGUCUGCGGCAUCCAAUGCGCUUGUUGAAUACUCCGACGUAAGCUCGGAGGAUUUCUCUGAUCCGGAAGCUGGUGAAAUCGACUCAGAUGCGGCUUUAGCUGGCCGCAAUGCAGUUGCAUCAUCAGCAUCCAAUAUGAAGACAGAUAAUCAGAAUAGAAAACAAAGUUUAGAUGCUGGUGCCUUGCGUGGUGCUAAGUCCAACGACUACAGAAAGCGUCACGCGGAUGAAAACGAUAAAAUCGCUUCAAUGGCGGGAGUCAGUGGGUCUAGGACGAGACAAAUAUCGGUUAUGGCAAGCAGCAGCAGUAGGCUAAGCAUAACAGCUGUCAGUGAAAAAUCAAUUCAUCAACUUACUGAUGUUUCGAUGACAGGUGCCAAGGACUCUAAUGAUGAGCAGCUGCAGUGGAACCGCGAACUCUACAUGUCAAGUGACUCAAUCGAUACCGAUGAGCUUGAGGCCGAAAUGAAGCGCCAGAAGCGUAAAAAGCUCAAGAAGGACAAACACAAGCAUAAAUCGAAAAAGAAGUCAAAAAAACGCAAGAAAAAGCGUGCCAAAUCAUACUCAAGCAUCGAUUCCCUAUCCGACAGCAAUCUCAACUCAUUGCUUGAAAGGCACAGUCGCAGUCGUUACACACCGCCCACGGCGCCUAAUAGACCCAAGAGCGCCGAACGCACAGUAGUCAGCGCAGCGCCGCCUCCCACAUAUACGCCCCACAAAGACACGCAAAGCAGUCCAUUAUCUGCAACUGGCACGCCGCCCGGCCGACGGCAGCAAACCAGUAAUGCCUACUAUUCUGAUGCAGUGGCUGCUGCCACGCCUAAUACACCGCUUGGCAGCAGCCUGCAAGUAACAGUAACUAAUAAAACUAGUGCAAACAGUCGACAUCGUUCGUCACCUCCGCCACGCGUCUCUGGCAAUGUUCAGCGCUAUGCCAGCUCACCACGAACACCCCCCCAGUCACUUGGCCAUGCGCACACAGGCAGCGUUGGACGUGACUCGCGUAGCUCGCGCUACAUGCAGAGUCCGAUGAAGGACGAUCAUCGUUCAAGCAGUGCGUAUGCUCCGCGCUAUUCUGGCGCUGGUUCAGCGGCUGGCCAGGAAGCGAGAAAAUUGAAAUGCAUGUCGCCGGAGUUGGAUCGUUAUCAUCAUAAUCAGCCAAGCACACCGCCGCACAAGCGACGAAAGUUCAGCGAUGGGCGUGAUGCUCCGCUGUCUUCAUCAGUGCCUGCCUAUGAGCAUACCAGCAGACAUCCAUCGUCGGUUAAAUAUGACCGCUAUAGCAGAGAUCGUUAUACACGGCGAAUGUCCAGAAGUCCUAGCUUGCAUCGACUAUCACGCAGUCGUCUAUCGCCAGUAGGCGGCAGUGGCACCAUUUCGGGCAGCAGCAAUGCAAACCUUUUUAGACACGGCAGCAAUAGUCAUAAACACAAGUAUGUUGCACCGCCAGCACACUCGCCUUCGCCGCCAAUGUCAGCGAGAUCGUCUUCCAAGCGCACCACAGGCAGUGGACAGCGACAUUCGGUAGAGCGAUAUCCAUCGCGUUCACCACGCGGCAGCUCACGCUAUUAUGAGGCAUCGCCUCCCUCACCAACCGCAAGCGGCUCGUUUAUGGGCUCACAUCAUUACCGUCGAUCACCCAAAUCACAUCAGCAUCAUCGAAGCAGGAACAGCAGUCGCAAACGUUCACCUAGCUCUGAUAGCAGUCACAGUUCGACGUCGCGUUCGCCGACCUCACGUGAUCUGAAGCAUAAGCGCGAUGAGUACAUUAAGAAGAUAAGCGAGACUAGUCUGUUUGCAGAGUUGGUAAAAGAUCGUCAUAAGCGACAAAAGGCAUUAAAAGAGAUUAUUGAGCGGCAGGAGGAGAACAGCAAUAGCAAUGGAACCUUAAUUAUCAACGAGAACAGUUCUUCGGUAGAUGGCAAUACACCUAAUGUGGCACAAAACUCUGCAAAUGCAACGCCUAACGGCCUUGUUGGUGGGGCUAAUGCUGGUAGUGGUAAAUCUGAUAUGGACAUUAAUAACAUUCCAAUGCCGAACAAAGAGAAUGAAGCACUUAAAUUUAAUCCAGCUGGUGCUAAUAUAGAUAUGACAGAUGCCUCGCAGUUGCCAUCCAAAACGAAUGUUAACCAAAAACCCAAGAGUCUAACUGCACUGCCCAUGCCGCCGGGCAUAAGUGUUGCCGAUUUGACGAAUCAACCCACACUCUCACCGCUAGAGCUGGGCAAGCAAUCCACAGCAACGAAACCAGCCAGGAAACACCACGAGGACAAGAAUCUAAAUGCCAAUGCCAACAAAAGCCUUUUAAAUCUGCCAAUGCCGCCGGUAAUACCGGGCAGUGAAGAGUUGAGCGGCGACGACGAUGAUGUCAUUGAUAGUCCAGAAGACUUUGACACCGUUGGCGGCGGUAAUGCCCAUAGCGGAACGGCGAAUGCAUCACAGCAUCAGGCCAACGCACGCCGCCGACCAGUGAUACUCAAUCGACGCGAUUCGCGCAACAAUGUGCGUGGGUGGGGCGAGCGCUGUGUUGAUGUCUUUGAAGUGAUUGCCCAAAUUGGUGAGGGUACAUACGGACAGGUGUACAAGGCGCGGGAUCAUCAUACCAAUGACAUGGUGGCCUUAAAGAAAGUGCGUCUCGAGCACGAGAAAGAAGGCUUUCCCAUCACAGCAGUGCGAGAGAUAAAAAUUUUGCGUCAACUCAAUCAUCGUAAUAUUGUUAAUCUGCAUGAGAUUGUGACGGACAAGCAGGAUGCGGUUGAGUUUCGCAAGGAUAAGGGCUCAUUUUAUUUGGUGUUUGAGUAUAUGGAUCACGAUCUCAUGGGCCUCCUCGAGUCAGGCAUGGUUGACUUCAACGAGGAGAAUAAUGCUAGCAUUAUGAAACAGCUCUUGGAUGGCCUUAAUUACUGCCACAAAAAAAACUUUUUGCAUCGCGACAUCAAGUGCUCCAAUAUAUUAAUGAACAAUCAGGGCAAAGUUAAACUGGCCGAUUUCGGUUUAGCCCGACUCUACAACGCCGAUGACCGGGAACGACCCUAUACGAACAAAGUAAUAACAUUAUGGUAUCGACCACCGGAACUGCUGCUGGGCGAGGAACGUUAUGGACCUUCUAUAGAUGUCUGGUCGUGUGGUUGCAUUCUGGGCGAGCUGUUCUUGAAACGUCCAUUGUUUCAGGCUAAUGCGGAAAUGGCACAGCUGGAAACAAUAUCUAAAAUAUGCGGUUCCCCUGUGCCAGCCGUUUGGCCUAAUGUUAUAAAACUGCCAUUGUUCCACACUCUAAAACAGAAGAAAACGCAUCGCCGGCGCUUGCGUGAAGACUUCGAGUUUAUGCCAGCGCCAGCUUUGGAUCUGCUCGAUAAAAUGCUAGACUUGGAUCCAGACAAACGCAUAACGGCAGAGGAUGCACUUAAAUCGGUUUGGCUCAGAAAUAUAAACCCCGAUGACAUGCCAACGCCACAAUUGCCUACAUGGCAGGACUGUCAUGAGCUAUGGAGCAAGAAACGUCGGCGUCAACUGCGUGAACAGCAAGAGUCAAUGCCGUCGGGUGUUAUUUGCUCCAAGUAUCAACCGCAUGGCGCUGCGAUGGUGGGAGAUGCCUAGCAUUUACUAUAUUCUUCAUACUAUAGUGAAGGGGAACAAUAUAAUAGACAGCGAGAGGAGCUGGAGUAUGCCUGGUGGCAGAGUUAACGCCUUCGUUUACGUUUGUAACACACUAUUACUACAAAUACAUAGAAUAUAUUCAUACAUACAAACAUACAUGCAUAGCUGGCAUUGUAGGUAGACUCAGAUGGGGAUUGACAUGCUCUACCAAAGCACUCUAAUUAUUUAAGUCAUCUCUAACUAAAGCUAAACUAAGAUAUCGAGUGAUGAAUUGCUUCAGGUGCAAGCAUUUUGAAUUGACCGCUGUAAAAUAUUGUAAUAUACUAUCUAUAUUAAUUACAACAUAUAUUCAAGCAAAUGAUUCUAUUGCAUUGUUUGCUCAUUGUAGUUGUAUUGUCAACAAAACAUGCGUACAUAUUGGCAAUAAAACACAAACUUAAUCCCAAUAUGUAUUGAGUUUAGUUAACAUUGACUUUCAUUUUGUUAAAUUUUAAAGAAUUAAUUGCUUUUAGCAAUGGAGCUGCUAUUGGCAAAUAAAUGAAAUUAAUCGCCUCACUUUGAGAGUAACGUAAAUAACAACGGACAUUGUGUAACAGUUAGGGAUUUAGCAUUUUAUAUUAUAAAAAAUUGUUA